AUGGUCUUUGCGCGCCGUUCAAUCUUCCGCGCUGCGACUGCAGCCCAGUCCUUCCGGGCGGUGCCUGUUGCCCGUCGGUCUGCGCAGGCACUUGGUCGUCGGUUCAAUUCUACCGGGGGUCAUGAGCAAAGUCAUGCAUCCAGCGACUUGCCUUGGUUGUUCGGCUCUGUUGCGGUGACUGGACCCAUGAUCUUCUAUCUUUGGCCGUCUGGGUCUGAGGGACAUGGACACGAUGAUGCUCAUGGGGAUGACCAUAAAGAAGAGCAUGCGGAGAAGGAUGAGGAGAAGGUAGAGGAGGCUUCUGAGGAGACUCCUAAGGAGGAGGAUAAGGGUGCUCAGGGCUCUGGAGAGAAGAAUGGUGAGAAGGCUGGUGAGGAAAAGAAGGAGGAAAAGCCCAAGGAUGAGAAGGACGAAAAGAAGGAUGAGAAGGAGGACGAGAAGAAGGACGAGAAGAAGGACGAGAAGAAGGACGAGAAGAAGGACGAGAAGAAGGACGAGGAGAAGGAGGAGAAGAAGGAGGAGAAGAAGGAGGAGAAGAAGGACGACGAGAAGGACGAGGAGAAGGAGGAGAAGAAGGAGGAGAAGAAGGACGACGAGAAGGAUAAGUCCGAAGAACCCAAGGACGAAAAGAAGGGCGAGGACAAGUCCUAA